GAACUGAGGCCUCACCCAGCAGACACGCCAUGGCCGGAGCCACGCCCACCCUCCUGCUCUGCACCGCCCUGGUGCAGUGUGCCGGGGCCGACGAGCUCGUCACCAACACCCGGGCAGGGCAGGUGCGGGGCUUGCGGGUGCCUGUGCUCACCGGCCACGUCUCCGCCUUCCUGGGCAUCCCCUAUGCCGAGCCACCCGUGGGCAAGCUGCGCUUCCGGCACCCAGAGCCCAAGAAGGCCUGGAGCGGGGUGCUGGACGCCAGCGCCUACCGUCACGCCUGCUACCAGUACGUGGACACCCUGUACCCCGGCUUCCCCGGCACAGAGAUGUGGAAUCCCAACCGGGAAAUGAGCGAGGACUGCCUCUACCUCAAUGUGUGGGUGCCCUCCCCGCGCCCCAAGAACGCCACCGUGCUGGUGUGGAUCUACGGCGGGGGCUUCUACAGCGGGGCUGCCUCACUGGACGUCUACGACGGGCGGUACCUGGCCUACACAGAGCAGCUGGUGCUGGUCUCCAUGAACUACCGAGUUGGCGCCUUCGGGUUCCUGGCCCUUUCGGGCAACCCGGAAGCGCCGGGCAACAUGGGGCUUCUGGCCCUGCGACUGGCGCUCCAGUGGGUCCAGACCAAUAUUCAUGUCUUUGGGGGCAACCCCAAGGCGGUGACGAUCUUUGGGGAGAGUGCCGGGGCAGCCUCAGUGGGCACACACGCCACACCAAAGCGUCUUCCGCUUCUCCUUCGUGCCCGUGGCAGAUGGGGAUUUCUCUGCUGAAGCCCUGCCAGGCGCCGGCCCCACCAGGGAGACCCAGGUGCUGCUGGGCGUGGUGCGGGAUGAGGGCACCUACUUCCUGAUCUACGGGGCACCCGGCUUCAGCAAGGACAACGAGAGUCUGAUCAGCCGGGAGGAUUUCCUGACCAAAGCGUCUUCCGCUUCUCCUUCGUGCCCGUGGCAGAUGGGGAUUUCUCUGCUGAAGCCCUGCCAGGCGCCGGCCCCACCAGGGAGACCCAGGUGCUGCUGGGCGUGGUGCGGGAUGAGGGCACCUACUUCCUGAUCUACGGGGCACCCGGCUUCAGCAAGGACAACGAGAGUCUGAUCAGCCGGGAGGAUUUCCUGGGCGGGGUGCGCAUGGGGGUGCCGCAGGCCAACGAGCUGGCGGCCGAGGCCGUGGUGCUGCACUACACCGACUGGCUGGACCAGGACAACCCGGUGAAGAACCGGGAGGCCAUGGACGACAUCGUGGGGGACCACAACGUCAUCUGCCCCGUCACCCACUUUGCCCUGCGCCUGGCCGAGCAAGGCGCCCGGGUCUACGCCUACCUCUUUGACCACCGCGCCUCCAACAUGCUCUGGCCCCCCUGGAUGGGUGUCCCCCAUGGCUACGAGAUCGAGUUCGUCUUCGGCCUGCCCCUCGAGCCCACCCUCAACUAUACAGCCGAGGAGGCUGCCCUGAGCCGCCGCAUCAUGCACUACUGGGCCAACUUCGCCCGCACCGGGAACCCCAAUGAAGCAUCGGAGCGGGGGGCCCGCUGGCCCCCCUACACGUCCCAGCAGCAGCAGUACGUGCAGCUGAACCUGCGCCCCCUGGCUGUAGGGCAGGGGCUCCGAGCCCAGGUCUGCGCCUUCUGGAACCGCUUCCUGCCCAAGCUACUCAACAUCACUGAUAACAUUGAGGAGGCAGAGCGGCAGUGGCGGCUGGAGUUUCACCGCUGGAGCGCCUACAUGGGCCACUGGAAGAGCCAGUUCGACCACUACAGCCGGCAGGACCGCUGCUCUGAGCUGUGAGAGGGAGCCCUGCCAGCCCCCUCCCC